CGAAGAUGGCGGCGCCCAUAGGCGAGGGCUCUCCCGGCCCGGAGCCCGGCGCUGCUCCCUACGGCAACUUCCCCAACUACUCCCGGUUCCACCCGCCCGAGGGCCGCGUCCGCCUCCUGCCCCGCGGCCUCCUGCGGAGCCUCUUCCCCGCGCCCAAGCGCCCGCUGCUGGGGCUCGAUGUGGGCUGCAACUCGGGGGAGCUAAGUGUGGCUCUGUACAGGCAUCUCCUGGGCCUUCAGGAGAGCAAAGGCAGCCUGGAGGAGUCUGCAGCUGGGAAGGAGCUGAACCUGCUGUGCUGUGACAUUGACCCUGUGCUGAUCGAGAGGGCUCAGCAGAGCAGCCCCUUUCCUGCCUCCAUAUCCUUUGCCAAGCUGGACAUCAUGGACUCCAGCACCAGGGACUCAUUCCUGAGCUCCUACCUGGCCCGGUUUGGCCGCUCCACCUUUGACAUUGGUUUUUGCAUGUCCGUGACCAUGUGGAUCCACCUGAAUCAUGGCGACAGGGGCCUGGUGGAGUUCCUGGCCUUCCUCUCCUCCGUGUGCACGUACCUGCUGAUGGAGCCCCAGCCCUGGAAGUGCUACAGGGCGGCCGCCCGGCGCCUGCGCAGGCUGGGCCGCAGCGACUUUGACCACUUCCGAGCCCUUGCCAUCAACGGGGACAUGGUGGAGAGGAUCACCCAGAUCCUGACCAAGGACUGCGCCAUGGAGCUGGUCUGCUGCUUCGGGAGCACCUCCUGGGACAGAAGCCUCUUGCUUUUUAAAUCGAGUGCCUCAGAUCCUGAGGGCAGAGGUCCUGGUCUGAAGAAGGAGGCUCUGGAGCAGGAGCAGUGACUGUAAAUGGCCUCUCACAUGGAUGAAUUCAUAGGCAAGGAGGUGCUUGCUGUUCACAGAGGCAGGUCUAGGACUUCCUUAAAUCCCUAAUG